AUGACCACAGCCCCCUCGCUUGCCAGCUCAGCAGCGCCAGCUUCCCCUCAGACUCAGCAGACACCUGUACUUCCUGCACCUCCACCCAGCUACUCAUCUGGCCCCGCACCUGUAGCUCUUGCCGGUACAAGCGAGCACCUCCACGCCCCCUUCUCCGCCGUCCAGGAUCUGCAGUACCACCAGCUCUUCACCCGUCCUUCCACCGUCGUUAGCCUCACUGAGCCUAUCUUACCCGUCACAAAGCUCGUCGAGACAUACCCGGACGAUAACGAGUGGAAGAGUAAUGAUCCCAAGUUGACCGAUGCUGCUCUCCUGUACGACUUCUUUCGACUGAAGGCGGCCGAACCUAUCCGUCUCAUAGUGAAUGUUCACGGCUCGCACACCGAAACAGAGGUCUACUAUACCUACCGAACCAACCCCCACAACAAUCAGCGCGAGCAGGUCCGCCAGACGCGCACCAAGCUCAUCACCGAUUUCAACUUUACGGUCCCUGUCCUCCCCCUCCCCUCGGGCCAGCCUACCGAUGUCACGCUCUAUACAGCAAGUAUGGGCGAAGGCGCAGAGGCGAAUCCGCUGCCGUGGAACGCGAGAGAGUCUGAGAAGUGGAAGAAGAGCAAUGGACUGCCGGGGUGGGCAGAUGCGGCGGUGACUCGGGAAAUGUACAAUCUCAAGAAUCCGACGGAGCCGCUGCCGGCCCCUGUACCUGCCUCCAUCCCGGAGCCGGCAAGUCCCCCGGUGGGAAAGGAGAAGGACCUGGAAUUGGGGCUACCGGUCGUUGAAGGGACGUCGACCGGACCGAGGGGUUUGAAGGAGCUGUGCGAGGCGUACGUCCAGGAUCAUGGGCGGCUGAAGGAGAUAGAGAUGAAAGUGGAGGUGUAUGGCUGGGAUCAGGAGAAGGUCAUCGCUGCCAUCACGAACUGCAUCCACGCCACAGGCUACUCGUCCAUGAUUGUCGUAUCAUUCAGCUCGUCCCCAAAGCGGUACAUCGUCCGACCGUUCAACAGCCUCACCAAGCUCAAGCGAAACUUCUGGCUAAUGGUCCUCGCUUGUAUCACUCUGGUAUACCCCGCCAUCUGGAUUUUCUUGCACAUCACCGGUAAGGAUGGGGAGAAGUACAACACGAUUCGCGCAGACCACGCCCUGAAGGGAUACGUCCCAGUGGAGGGAACCUUCCCAGGCGAGACACUCGUUCAAGCUCACGCCCGCGUGCACCCGGCCGAUGCUGCAAGGCCGGCGGGACACGUCGAUACAUCCCACCGAGAGCUCGUCACUGGGCCGCUGGGCGUAUACGCGAUGAGCGGGAUCAAGGAGGGUGUGUGGUUGAGGACGUGGGAGGGAAAGAUUGCCGAGGCAGCUAGCAAUAGGUAUCAGGGUGAGUUGACGUCAGAUGUGGCGCCAGGGGCGGUUGUUGGGGGAGGGUUGGACGGGUAUUGA